AUCAUAUAAAACAUUCUCCCAAAGCUUCAUUUCUUUCCCACAACACCCAAAUGUGUUCUAAAGGAGGAGAAGCAGCAGCAGCUUGCUUUGAUUGCCUCCCAGAUGCUCUUCUUAUUCUCAUCUUCAACAAAUUACACCAUCUCAAAUCUCUCACCGUUUGCCUUUCGGUCUCAAAGCGUUUCAACGCCCUCGUUCCCUUCACCGACACCGUUUUCAUCUCCAUCCCACGUCUAAAACACUCCCGCUCCAUUUCAACUUCACAUGUAAACACAUCUUUGAGACUUCUUUUUCUCAACUUGUUCCUCAAACCACUUAGAUGUUUCCAUCGGAUCAUGGCUCCCCACAAGCCAAAGACGACGUCGUUCGAUCUUUCUUGUUGUCGGCAAAAUGGGGUCUUGAAGAUUUUCAAGGAGAUGAAAUCGUUGCAUUUGGAGCUUCCUGGUGAUCAUGGUGAGACGUUGGCCGGCUCGAGUAAUGGAGCUUCUUUUCUUCAAUGGAAAGCGGGUUUUGGAACCAACUUGAAGACGUGCGUUAUUGUUGGGGCAACAUCGUUUCAAAAAAGCUCAAAAAAGGAAGAGCGGGAACAAUUCAUGGAGGGAACUGUAUUAAACGACGGCGAGUUGAAAUCAAGAGUGAUAUGGACGAUUUCUUGCUUGAUUGCUGCAUCGACGAGACAUUGUUUGUUGAAGCGAAUCUUGGCUGAUAAUAAUCCCAACAUCCCAUUGCUUGAAAGAGUGGUGAUUUCUGAUGCAAACAAGCAAGGGAUGUUUUGUGUGGGAAAAGAGGAGCUUGUUAAGAUGAGGAACUCCAUGAACUUGCAACAAGAAUCAUCAUCAUCGUCAAUGGAGAGGAGUCCGGUUCCGGAAUUGAACAUGAGACUGUGGUAUUUGCCGGUGCUUGAGUUACCGGAAUCAGGGUAUGUGAUGAAAGGGGCAACGCUUGUCCUUAUCAGACCCGUUGUGGACGGGAUGAUUGAAAACGAUGACGGUGACCCAUUGGUGGGAGAUGAGAAGCCAUUUAGUGAAGCUGUGAGGGAGAUGAUCAAAGUGAAGAAUAGUUAUUUUAUGACAGUGAGUUCCUUUUGACACGUUUCAAGUAGAAG